UGCAGUUUAUUAGGCUACAGAUGAAAAGUUAUGAUGUACUUCACAGUAUGGUGAAAGUGCACGUUGAUGAGCUUGAUGCUCCUUUCCAAUAAAUAUCGAGGGUCAUAUAAUAAUUUCCCCUCAUCCAUUUACUCUUGCUGAAUGAACGAACGAGGUGUUUCAGAUCGUUACACGUCUGUACAAGCUGUGUCUCAACGUUACAAUUUUGAACACGACCUUGCUUGGACGCGUCAGCUCUUUGGUCAAGUUGCAAAAAGUUCAUUGAACUUUCAACCACAAGUAGAUAACAACAACCUAGCUGAGCCAUCAUGCUAACAAAGUGAAAUGGAGGAUGAAAGAUCAAAACAACACUGUUUUAAUCCAGUGUUGACUCCAGAUCCAGGGGGGGAGAAGCCCGGGCGAGAAAGGCCGGAUGAACCGAUCGCUGUGGCAGUGAUUGGCAGGCAGCUGACUGAACCAGGGCGCUUUGCCUACGCUGGGCUCUGUGGGGUCUCCUUGGGCCAGCUAUUUCCUGGACCUGAGAACAGGUGUUUCCGGGAGCAGUACCUGGAGGGGCUGGUGCAAUGGCUGGGUCUGGACGAGUCGGUGAUGCCCGUCAUGGGGGCCUUUCUAGCAGGCCUGGGAUUCGAGGGCAGCGACACCUUCCUCUCUAUCCUUCAGGCUGAGCCACUACUGUCUGCAGGUGCCACUCCCAUCACACAGGACCUUGUGUCUUUUUCCGUCAAAGAUGGCCUGUACGAUUCCAGAUCACGAGUCCUAAUUCGCCAUGUCAGCUGUCUACUGCGAGUGUCCCCUCAGCAACUGGAGGAGUUUGAGGCGACGCUGGGCGAACGACUGAGAGAGGGAGUGGUGGAGACCGCAGAGGAGUCAUCUCGGCGACAGACAAAAGAGAGAGGACGCAAAUUACGACGCUACCUCCUCAUUGGCCUGGCCACUGUGGGCGGAGGAGCUGUGAUUGGUGUGACGGGCGGGUUGGCGGCGCCACUGGUGGCGGCGGGGGCAUCGGCCGUACUAGGGGCAGGAGGGGCGGCUGUUCUGGGCUCAGCCACUGGCAUCGCCAUCAUGGCCUCCCUGUUUGGAGCAGCAGGGGCUGGCUUAACUGGCUAUAAGAUGAAUAAGCGGGUGGGAGCAAUAGAGGAGUUUGAGUUUCUGCCACUGAGCUCAGGGAAGCACCUACACCUGACUGUGGCUGUGACUGGCUGGCUGUGCACUGGAAAAUACAGUUCGUUCCAGGCUCCUUGGUGCAGUCUUGGUGCGUGCGGGGAGCAGUACUGUCUGGUGUGGGAGUCUCGUUUCCUUAGGGACCUGGGUUCCACCAUGGCUGCUCUUCUCGAUGGCCUGGUCAGCAUGGUGGCCCAGGAGGCCCUCAAGUAUACCGUGCUGUCAGGUAUUGUGACUGCUCUUACGUGGCCUGCCUCUCUGCUUGCGGUGGCCAGUGUUAUAGACAAUCCCUGGUCUGUGUGUCUUAGUCGCUCAGCCGAGGUGGGAAAACACCUCGCUCAGGUGCUGAGGAGUAGGCAGCAGGGAAAGCGUCCUGUGAGUCUCAUUGGCUUCAGUCUUGGAGCGAGGGUUAUCUACUUCUGCCUUCAGGAACUUGCCAAAGAUCAAGGUUGUGAGGGCGUGGUGGAGGAUGUUGUCCUAUUGGGUGCCCCAGUAGAUGGCACUGCCCAAGCCUGGGAGAGAAUGGUCAAGGUGGUCGCUGGGAAGAUAGUGAAUGGAUACUGCAGAGGGGACUGGCUACUGGGAUACGUGUACAGGGGUUCGUCGGCACAGCUGUCUGUUGCAGGGCUUCAGCCAAUCAGCUUGAAUGAUCGGCGCAUAUUCAACGUGGAUCUAUCUUCUGUGGUGAAAGGUCACUUGGACUACAUGCGUCAGAUGGAUACCAUCCUCGUAGCAGUGGGCGUGCCCACCAGAGAAGUUCCAGGAGCUGGGGGCGGACCUCUUCAACCACUCACUAUGACCGAGAGAAAACUGGACAUAGCCAUGGUCCAAUCAGUACAAGGGGACGUGGCUGAAGAGCAAAAACUGGUUGGUUCUUCGGCUGGAGCAGAUGAGACUUGCAUGGGUGAGGGAGGGCAGCUGGAGGAAAAAGAGGAUAUGGGAGACGGUUGGGAUAUCCCCGACAUAUCAGAUCUGUUGGACUCGCUAAACGAGAUCGAUGUUGUUACAACUGAAAACAUUCUUGAGGGCAACCUGCAACAGAGUUCUGAGGGGAAUGCCACUCAUGAGGACAACUGUGCACCUUCCCAUCUAGAGUUUGAUGGAUGGGGAAAAGAGCUGGAGGAGGAAUGGGGGGAGGGAGUGGAGGGGACAGAGACUGACACUGAACACACGUCCUGGAGUUGGGAGGACACACACUGGACUCCCGAGCACAAACACAUGGGACCAAACAGGCGGACAUAGGACGUUACAGGACCAACUGCCUCUUCUCAACUUGAAUUACCAACAACAUCCCAAUCGUGUGUGGAAAGACCUCCUUUACCUUCACAGCACACUCAGGUGCCAGAACACUCAGCUAAGUCGUCAGUACCACAAAUGUUUAAAAAAAUAUUAUUAUUUUUUAAAGUAUUUUUUUAGUUAACUAUGGCAGUCUUACGUUUUGUCAAUCAUUUCAUUUACAAGUUAAUCUGAAAAAAAGUGUUGCAUAAUGUAUAGUGUGUUCAAGUAUUGUUGGUUUUAUGUAGGCAGGAUGUAAAUUAAAAACAUUUAAUUACAAAACA